UACAGUAAGAGGAGCACAUACAUUUGUUUCGAUGUGGACAGGAAGACUAUGCAUUCCCAAAGAUUCAGGAUGUGGGUAAAAUAUGUCCACAAGUGAGUGAAUAAUAUCUCAGUCUGCACUGUAAUGGUUAAGUACCCGGGCAUCGAUCACGUUAUUUUAUAUUACCCACUGCAACAUUUCUGCUCUUGUAGCCUGUCAGGAUGUGCAACUCAGACAUUACUGGGAAAAACUAAGGACAGGACUGGAGAUCCCCUGGACAGAACUGGGUGAAAAAUAGCAAUGGCUGGAAAACAUAUAAGAAUAAUGUGAGUGAUUACUUCAGUGACAUCCCGAAUUCUAUCUAACAGAUGAUGAUGCAAUCCCACAUUUCUUGUGGAUGGACUGCUGUUGCAAAAUUUCAGAUAAGGUGCCAGUGGGGUUACUAGAGGUGUCCUUUAAAGUACAGAGAAACAAAGUCUUACUUUGUGGAAAUGGGGGCCAAUGGAUACAUCCUCAACCAACCAGCUUUGUAAUUCAGUUAUCUUGCUUUGGGGUGAUAUUCUAACUAGACAUGAACAUAACUAAAAUUGAACGUGGCGGUGAGUUUUCCUUCCUUGAAGUUGCUCUCCGGGAUCUAUGUGCCCUUUCAAUUCCACAAGAUAAAGUUUCAGCUUGCUCGGCGUCAACACCCUCCUGUCCUGAUACUAAGGAACCCUCUAAGUCUCUGACACCUCCUGCUGGACCAAGUUUCCCCAAAAGACAAGUGUGGUUUUUGUUACUGCAAAACUCAAAUGUAAGCUCCUGCGGGCUUUUAAUUUACUGCUCCUUUGUGCUAUAAUAGCCUGUUGUACUUAGACUGGUUACUGUACAAUUUGCCCCAAUAGAGUGCACACCAACAGGGACUAUACCUCCUCUACUUCCUCUCAGCUGUAACCCUGUAUUUCUGUCAGCAGGUGUCAGCAGAACUCCAUUUCUCUCCCUCUUUCUUCUCUUUUGAACAGGAUCACUGUUCGUUUUUCCCCCCGGUUCCUGCUGUUUCAGUUACUGAGUUCUGCUCUUAACUGCUCCAGCUGAUACUUUUUUUCUCCUCACCUCUACUGGAAAUUAUUCUGCCCGCUUCGCUACCUUCCCUACUCCCAUAUCCCACCCACCCCUAGAACCACUACAUUUAUACACACAUAAACACACCUUCUUCCUCUUUACCAAUUACAUUUAUACACACAUAAAUGCACCUACUUCCUCUUUACCAACUAUACCUCUCCACUCCCAUCCCCCCAAUAAUUCUACUGUUCAACCUGCUCCUACAUUCUAAUACAGCUACCAAAUACCCACUCUUAGCAAGUCUGACCAUGCUUUCCAUACCUAUAUCCUUCUCUAUCCAACUACUAUUGCUUCUCAACUUAUCAUAUAUCCACUACCUAACCCAGCCCACUUCCACUAACCACUCACCAUCCUUUCACAUAACCAACCAACUUAUCCCACCACUCUCAGAUUCACGUAUUAGUAUAUCACCCAGCCUAUAUCUCAUAAAUAACUUGCUACUAUUUCCCUAUAAACUUAUUACUUCAUUCAACCAAUCUACCCCCUCACAAACCAUCAAAACCCUCACAAUUCUAACAAAGCUCAACCCAGACCCUAAGCAGUCCUCAUACCUCUCCAACCUAAUCCAACAUCUAACUACCAUCCUGCUAUCUGGAGAUAUACACCCCAACCCAGGAACCCACACUUCCCCCUCUGCAUCUAAAUCCAUCCUACUAGCUUCUCUAAAUGCUCAAAGCAUAGCCAAGAAAAUCCCCAACCUCCAUGCCUGGUUUGUCCACAAUAAACCUGAUAUCCUGUCCAUCUCUGAAUCUUGGUUAAAACCUCACAUAAAUGACUCUGAAAUAGCACCACCCAACUAUUCAAUCAUCAGAAAAGAUAGAACCCAUAAAAAAGGGGAGGAGUUGCUCUUCUAUAUUCAUCCUCCUUAUCAGUAACUCCCUAUAACAAACCUACUCCCCACUUCACCAAUGCAGAAUUGCUCCUAACCUUACUUCAAAUAAAUAGACACAAAUACAUAUGCAUAGCCUCCCUUUACAUCCUCCCGGUAACAAUAUUUCAAUACUUGAAGACAUCCUCUCAUGGCUUUCAACCAAUAUUGGCAAUGAAACAAUAAUUCUGGGUGACAUGAAUAUUAAUUGGUCCUCCAUUCAGUCUCCCACAAACCCUCUAAAUAUAAAUCUCUAUAAUUUCUCUCAACUAAUUGACUCCAUAACCAGACCCUCUAAAAACCUCUCCAAAGGCAGCACCCUAGACUGGAUCUUAGUCUCCCACCCUCAUAAAUUCUCUAACAGUGGCACCCUUCCCGACUCCCUCAGUGACCACUUCCCCACUUUUACUCACCGACUUCCUUCACCCAUACAUCUAACUCACAACUAUAUCAUCACCCGCAACCAAAAAAAUGUCAACCCUGAUACCUUCUCUAACUCCCUAAAAUUAAUAAACUGGAAUCCUUUAAAAACUCUACCCCUGGAUACUGCAGUUGCCUACUUCAACUCAACAUUCUUAAACCUCUUAGAUUGCCAUGACCCCAUAAAUUCAAAAAGAAUAAAAAGCAAAACUGCCCUUUUGCUAAGUAAAAACACACUAAAUAUCAUGCACCUUAGAGAUAAAGCCUGGGCACAUCACCAGAAAAACAAGUCUCCCUCCACCCUUAAUGAAUACAAAACACUCCGCAACAAAGUUAAAAAGCUUAUCACUGUAGAUCAACAGAAUUAUUUCUCCUUGCUUCAAAACAACCAUAAAACUAAUCCACAAAAAUUCUGGAAAGGUAUCUCCAACCUCCUCAAUCCCAGCAAAACAAAAAACCCCAACCCAGACCCAAACGCACUAGGCAUUGAUCUUGCUACACAAUUUAACUCCUUUUUCAUUGACUCCAUUUCCAAACUAACGUCAUCCUUCCCUAACACUUCACCCUCCACUUCUCCCCAAUCCUUCUCCAACAAUAGUUCACCCUCCUCUUCUGCAUCUCCUGUCACAUCUUCCCCAUCUCAUCCACUCUCAAACACAUUCUCUUCUCAGCCCCUACCUUUCUCAGCGAAUCCCAUACCCACAUCUACCAUAAAACUCCUCCAGAAACUGAAACCAUGUUCAAAUUCCCCUGACAACAUCCCCUCAUACUUUCUUAGCAUAGCUGCAGAAGCCAUUGUCCUGCCCAUCAGUAUUCUAAUCAAUCACUCUAUCCAAGAAGUUCAUGUACCCCAGAUUUGGAAAAAGGCUUUUAUCAUACCCUUGCACAAAGGAGGCAACAAUAACAAUAUCUCUAAUUUCCGUCCCAUCGCCAUCCUUUCUCCUAUCUCCAAAAUUCUAGAAAAGUGCAUUCAUCUUCAACUCCUUCCCUAUCUUAUUGACAAUAACCUACUAACUCCCACACAACAUGGAUUUAGACCCGGACACAUUUCCAUGACUGCCCUUCACUCCUUCCUUGAAAUUGUAAAUAAAGCACAGGACUCUGGCAGCAUUAUAUCUACCCUCCUACUUGACCUAUCUAAAGCCUUUGACACCAUCUCUCACAAUCUCCUUCUUGCUAAACUCUCUAAACUAAACAUAUCCCCCUCCUCUAUAAACUGAUUCAACAGCUACCUCUCUAACAGACAACAAGCAGUAAACUGGAACAAAGCCACCUCCUCAUUCAUUAAUAUGCCCGCUGGGGUUCCCCAGGGGUCCAUCCUGGGUCCCCUCCUCUUCAGUAUAUUUAUAAAUGACUUCCACUGCUCCAUCCCCUACACAAAUCUUAUCCAAUAUGCAGAUGAUUCAUCUAUAAUCUGUUCUGCCACCUCCAUCCCCACACUCCAAAAACUUACCCAAGACGCAUUCUCAGCCACUGAACAGUUGAUGAAAGAAAAUCAUCUAGCACUCAAUGCCUCUAAAACCAAACUAAUGGUAUUUACCCCCUCUAAAGCCACCUCCAUUAAUAUAAACACAUUCUUUAUCUCUAGCCACAACAACACCACAAUCAACUUGGUACCUGAGGCAAAACUACUAGGGGUCCUUAUAGACAACCAGCUCAAAUUCAACUCCCACCUACAACUAAAUAUUAAAAAAAACACCAAAAACUUGGCAUGCUCUAUCGUCAAAAUCACUACCUCAACCUUCCACUAAAUUUAACCUCUCUACCACAUUUCUCAUCCUCUCUCUCCUCUAUGGUGCCCCACUCCUAAUUAACCUACAGUCCUCUCUCAAGACACGACUUUCCUCUUGAUACAACAAAAUUGCCAAGUUCGCUACCAGCCAUAUGUCAUCCACUCACCACUGUGUAUCCCUCCAGAUACUAAAUUGGUUAGAACUAUCCAAUCAUCUCACCUACACUCAACUCACUCUCGCUCACAAGCUCAUCUUUAACUCCUCCUCUGUCCCUCCCCCUCCUCUAUCUUCAAAAUGCACCUCCCAGAUAGACUACUAAGAUCUAACAAUCAAAACCUAAUAGAACUGUACAAACCAACUCAUCCACCAGGUAAAAAUCUCUUAUCCUUUGCCCUUGCACGCCUCUGGAACUCCCUACCACCUUCCAUACGCACCACCACAAAUCACUCUUUAUUCAAAAAAUCACUUCACUCACAUCUAAUAUCCCUGUGGGAAUGCUCCUGCUCUGACCCCACAUAAUCUCUUCUCCUCUUUACACUGGCAACAUCUGCUUCUCUUCAAUCACUAAUUUUUACUCUCUGCUCUAGCUUAUACUAACCCAUGAGCAACAAACUACUUAGAAACUAUAAAGUGUAUUUCUCUUCAGAAAAAAAUACCUUAAAAUGCAAUGUUCUCUAAAAUGAAAUGUUUUUUAUUAUUCUAUGAUAUAAUAUUCUUUCUAAUGUAACUGUUUUUAUUAUUCUGUAGUAUUUGUACUUAAUGUAACCUAAAGCCAUGACUGUAACCUUGCUUGUAUUUGGAGCUUUUCUCCCAAGGACUCCAUUAAAAACGGGUUCUUUUUGGCCCAAUGGACUAUCCU